CCGCAGCCACCUCCGCCUGCGCCUCCGCCGCCGCCGCCGCCGCCACGGACUCCCGCAGCUUUAUCGCCAGAGCCCUCGAACUCUCGCUUUCUUUCUAAUCCGCUGCAUCGGAUCACCGGCGUGCCCGUCAUGUCAGACGCGGCCGUGGACACCAGCUCUGAGAUCACCACCAAGGACUUAAAAGAGAAGAAGGAAGUUGUGGAGGAGGCGGAGAAUGGGAGAGAGGCACCUGCUAAUGGGAAUGCUAAUGAGGAAAAUGGGGAACAGGAGGCCGACAAUGAGGUAGAUGAAGAAGAGGAAGAAGGUGGGGAGGAAGAGGAGGAGGAAGAGGAAGGUGAAGGUGAUGAAGAUGAGGAGGCUGAGGCAGCUACGGGCAAACGGGCAGCUGAAGAUGAUGAGGAUGACGAUGUUGACACCAAGAAGCAGAAGACUGAUGAGGAUGACUAGACAGCAAAAAAGGAAAAGUUAAACUUAAAAAAAAACCAAAACGCCGCCGUGA